UGCCCCUGUCCGGGGCUGGGGCUGGUCCCAGCAGGUCCCGGCCAGUCCAGUGCCCUCUGGUUAGGAGGUGCCCGUGCCGCGCGGCUCCACUGCCCUUGCCCGCAGCUGGGCUGCCCUGCCAGGCCGCCGUCACGCCUCGUGAUGGAUGGCUGCACAGCGCUUUUCUGGAUUAUAAAUAAUGUGUUUUGAGAACUCAUAAACAUCCCAGCCGUUGCCUUGAAAUUUAAUCCGAUCCUGAGCAGGGGGCUCGCAGCCUCCCAGACUGAUGGGAGCCGCCUUCCACUGGUCACGCUGCUCUAGGUGCCCCACUUGUCCCCAACCCCGCCGGUGCCCUGGGCCCCUGCAGGCCUCCCCGGCUUGCUGCGGUGCCUCAUUUACUGGGUUUUGCUGUAGGUGUGGGUUGCAGUGAUUUGGGAAUGCUGUAGAUGUGAUGGGGACCAUGCUUGACCCUGCACCAAGCCCUCCCUCUCCUCUUUCCGCAUCUAAUUUUCCUAUCUGUAUUUUAAAAUUGUCCGCAAGGACUUUGGCUUCUGUGACAUCCAGGGAAGUCCUCAGAGCUGCAAGAGUUCAUCCAAGUUGUUAGGAUCAAGGCCAGUCUGACAGAUCCAGCCCCAGGCAGUGCAGAAGUGUCUGUUGCAUUGGGGGGUGCAGACGGGGUGCCCGCUGUGGUCCUCCAGCCUCGCUGGCUGACUUGAGGCCUCCAGAGAUGGCAAUGGGAGCUGCUGCCAACCCGGAGCUCCCCGAAAGGUGAUCCAGCUGUUCUGGAUGCCAUCUCAACACACCACUGCCCACGUACGCUGCUGGUGUCUGCCUUGGACAAGCGCUCCCGAGCGCUCUCCUCCCCGGCCUGGUGCGUGCUUGGAGGAGAUGUCUCUGUCUGGCGCUGACAUCAGGGGCAUCUCAUGCCCCUCGUGCGCGUCUCGGGCACAUGCAGGAUGUCCAAAUGUCUGCCUUUAAUCCUUGGGGGGCUGCUUAGGAAUUACAUCCGAUUACGGGGCUGAUUUAAAAGCCUGCCAGCUGUUGGCUCUGCAGGGACAACGUGCCAUUUCCAGUCACUGCUGGAAUCUGUCUUUGCCCCAGAACUGGGGUGUUUGGGUCUGGGAUGGGCCUUGCACGUCAUGGAGCCACACUGCUAGAAAGGCCACUGAUGCUUCUGAAAACGGGGUUUUGAUGUGGUGGAGCUUCUGGAGGCUGGGCCAAGGGCUGGUGCUUCUCUUUGGAGGACAGAAGACGUUCAGCCUGGCUGUCCCAGGAUCCGGUUGUGUGGGCAUCUCCAUCUCACCUCUGCUUGUGGUGUUGCUGAAAGCAGUUUUGGUGGGGAUGUGGGUUUCUGCUGCAUUAAGUGGAGCUCCAGGGAUCCUUCAGGGCGCUUGUCCCCAGCCGGCCUCUGAGGCACAGGGGCCAGGAGGGGACCUUCCCCCACCCCAUGCCGUUUUUCUAACGCUUUCAUUAAAUGUAGCCUUAAGCCCUUGCUUGAGGGCCAGGGUGGGACCGGACCUGGCCCUCCCGUGGGAAAGGAGAGAAGAGCUGACUGCAACCCCCGAGCGCUGCAUGCGGUUGGAGCGGGCUGAGCAGAGCCGAGCCCCGCGGCCGCUUCGCAGGGGUUGUGCUCCAUGACGAGCUUGAACCGACCUUAGCUGACCUUGAGGACGAAGCAGUGUUUGUUAUUCAGGUCCAGGGGUCGGAGCGGAGGAAGCCGGAGCGGGAGGCUGCCUUGGCGUGGGAUCCUGGGCGGCCCCACGGGAGCCUGCGGGACGAGGUGUCGGCAGAUAAAGAAUCGCAUCACUUAUUGCCGGUCCUUUCACCGCAGAAGCGGGAGCGGGGCAGCAGCAGCGCUGAGCUCUUUACUGACUGGAGCCCACGGUUGCUGCGUUGCCAUGGGUGAAUAUCGUACGUUGGUAGUGGUUCAGCUCCUCGUCUGCGCAGCAGAGAUAGCGAUGCUGCCCGAUCCCCGGGAGGGCUGUGAUAAGACCCCCUCCCUCCACCCGUGCUUUCCGUUAAAAACGAAAGGCUCUCUUCCCCAAAGCUGUGAUGUUUCACGGGCCAAGUGGGAUUUGCUGUGUUGUUUGCAGCCCUUUGAUGGGGGAACAGAGGUGCUACGGUUCCCACAGUGCUCUGACUUUUAAAGCCAAUUUUUCAGUGCAGUAAUGAUCAUCUGCAGUAAUAGUGGGGAUGAAGAAGCGUCCAAACAGCCAUAGGAAAGGAACGCUUCCAAAUGAAACCUCCACUUCAAAGAGGUGUCAAAAUGAGGCUCCCUCCUUCCAGGGCAGAAUUGCCUUAUUUCUCAAAUGUCAGCGUUUCCCAGAGAAGAGAAGGGCUGUUCCAGCCCAGCUGGAGCCGUGAGCCGAAUUAACGCCUGGGUGAGACUUUCCUGCAGAAAAUGCUCCUGGUGCAAAUCUCCCUUGGCAGGAGUGAAGGUGAUUCCCCCAAGCCCGAGAAUGCCAUCACCAUCGCGGUGUCAUCGCGGGCGCUCUUCCGCAUGGAGGAGGAGCAGAAGAUCUACAACGAGCAAGGGGUGGAGGCCUAUGUGAAAUACCAGCUGGACCACGAGAACGAGCCCUUCCUCCCCGGCGCUGCCUUCCCCUUCGUCAAGGCGCUGGAAGCCGUGAACACGCAGCUGCGCGAGCUCUACCCCGACAGCGAGGAGCUUUUCGACAUCGUCCUCAUGACCAACAACCAUGCCCAGGUUGGGGUUCGCUUGAUCAACAGCAUCAACCACUACGAUCUGUUCAUUGAGAGGUUCUGCAUGACGGGAGGGAACAGCCCCAUCUGUUACCUCAAGGCCUACCACGCCAACCUCUACCUCUCCUCCGAUGCCGAGAAAGUGAGUGGGGCCAUUGAAGAGGGGAUUGCCGCAGCCACCAUCUUCAGCCCCAGCAAAGACCUGGAGGUGUCAGAGAACCAGCUGCGGGUGGCUUUUGACGGCGAUGCCGUGCUCUUCUCAGAUGAAUCGGAGCAGAUCGUGAAGGCUCACGGCCUGGACAUGUUCUUUGAGCAUGAGAAGACUCAUGAGAACAAGCCUCUGGCCCAGGGACCCCUGAAGGGCUUCCUGGAGGCCUUGGGGAAGCUGCAGAAGAAGUUUUAUUCCAAGGGCUUGAGGAUGGAGUGUCCUAUUCGCACCUACCUGGUCACUGCCAGGAGCGCUGCCAGCUCGGGAGCCCGGGCCCUAAAGACUCUCCGCAGCUGGGGCCUGGAGACGGAUGAGGCUCUGUUCCUGGCCGGGGCUCCCAAGGGGCCGCUGCUGAGGAAGAUCCGGCCGCACAUCUUCUUUGACGACCAGAUGUUCCACGUGGAGGGAGCCAAGGAGAUGGGCACGGUCGCUGCCCACGUCCCUUACGGCAUCGCCCAGAAGCACAAGCGGACGGCACAGGAGAAGCAGACCCCGAACAGCAAGUAGAGGAGCUGGCUGGUCCCGCAGCGCUGGGCGCGCGUCCGUGCGGGCCGGCACGCUGCGCAGACUUCGCCUCUGGGCACCAUGCACUGAAUGGGGCCGCGGUCUGCAAGGCGGAGAGCGUUUGCCCUGGCGAGCGCGAGUUUAUUCCCUAGCCGGAGCUUUGUCCGGGGCACAGUGGAGGAGGGGGCUAAUGGAAGGCUGCUUUUUGCCUGUAUAUUCUUUGCAAUGUUGUGACCUUGUACUGCUGGCCCAGUGCUGUUCCCUGCCCCGUUCCUUGGGGGGCUGGAGGCUGCCCCUCAUCGGGCAGCCCCACGAACCGUUUCCCUGUUCGUACACGCUCUGCACUUGCUUCAGGCAAAAUCUUUGAGAAUGGAUCUCCCCUUUUAUGGACCGUCUGUGCCAGGCAGGUUUAACUCAUCGGCAUUUUUCUAAAACCCCUGGGGAAUUCCCAGUCCAAGUCCUUGAUUUAAAAAACACCCAAAUGUUCAGGCUGAACUGUUGAACUGGAAAGUUGUAUGCACUCGGAAACCUUCUUGCAGCUUUGAAACAAAAUAUUGUCUCCUUUAAUUACAUUUAAAUCAUAACACUGUUCCCUCAGUGGGAACCUCCCUGAAAGAUCCAGCCUCAGUUCCCCAACCAGAAAAUCUUUCAGGUCUUUGUCCUCCCACCAAGAUUUGUCAGCACAAAAACUUUCCCUUCAUGAACUAAAACUUGGAAAAAUAGAAACAAGCACUUGUUUUUAAAAAAAGGUGUUUCCUGCUUGUUGCUUUGGGCCAGUUUAUUGUUGGCCCAGGUUUUUAAAGCUGAGUUUGACAGUUACAGGAGUUAGCACUUAGAUAUCUCAGUAAGGCAUCUAAAGCCUAGCCCUUGUAUGUGCCUUCCAGGGGCCUCAGACACAUGCCUACGAUCUGAAUUAAGUUGAAAGCAGGCCCUAAUAUAUUAGGGACAGCAUUUGAAACCCAUCGGGUAAAUCUACAGAGAAUUUGAGCCUGGGGAGGGUUAAUUAAAGGAUUUUUUUUCUAUAAGCUGAGCCCAUAGGAGUUGAUAAUCUCUCCUCAGCUUCUUAAAACCUCUGGUGUUUCUGAAAAUAGACACCUCUGCUAGUGACACUGUGAGAAGGAACCAAAUCCCUGAUUUAAAAACAGGAAGAGAAAUCAUUUGGAGAGCUGCUCCAAAAAGCAGUGUGAAAGUCACUGACGUUAUUGCACAAAGCCUUGUCCUGAAGGGUGCUCUCAGGAUGAGUUUUUUUUCUUGAAUUAUGUAUUUCUUGUGCUCUCUUUCUAGGCAGUACAAGUGACAGUUGGGCAUGAAGGAUGCCCAGUAUUAUCAGAUAGUAUUUUCAGUUGCUUCCAACUUUGCCAAAUGCAGACUGCAUGGGCUGAAGUUUUCCUGGGUAUGUGUCUGCCUCUCACUCAACUUUGCAGGGAGAUUUCAGCUAAAAUAGCUCAGCCUUUUCUGAGAGCAAGGCUAGAGCUUAAGUUAUGGCAUUUUUGACAAAUAUAUAAGCAAGCUAAUAUCGUUAGUGGCUCUGGAGACUGUCUUCUUAUUGCACUAAAUCCCGCCCUAGCAAUGAAAAGUAAAUUGCACUUUAUUCCCUUGAACUGUUUCACUCGGACAGACUGUUAUUUGUCACAUUUGGGUGACCAUGUCAGAGGAAGGUCUAAAAUCUAAACAAAAAAAAGCCUUGAAAGAAAUGAGCAUUGCAAUGACACAUCUAUUAAUAAGUUCUAUAAAAAGGUCUUUUCUUGUUAAUGCAAACUCCAGAUAUUGGGAUUCAAGCUGUCUCUCAGAGACCCUUUUGGCAGAUCCGGGGGGGAUAAGGGCCUGGCCUCCAAGUAAACAUUUCCAAGGUGUUUCCUGAAGAUCGCAUCUUGGAAGUCCUGCCAAGCUCGGCUCACAGAUGAGCUGUGCAGAGGCCUCCCCGCCAGCCUGGGAGAUGAUGUUGCAAGAGGAAGAGGAUUGUCAGCAAGCCCUUAGGAAACCCCGACCAUGCGGGCCUGGGAAUGGCAGGGAUGUCAGCAGGUGAUGGUGUGCUGAGCCAGGCUGGUGGGAUGGGAUGUGGGCCACGAGCGCGGUUGCUGGGACGCGUGGGCAUGUGCGUGGUUGGAGGAAUGCAGGGAGCGUGAGCUGGUGCACCUGGCAUCUCUGAGAUAAUGUCACUGCAGUGCAUCUGUGUGUAAAUGUGUCUUUUUCCAGGUGUUUCAGAUGAGUGUGGCAAGGGCUGUUUUGUCUAGCAGGAGAUGUCCUGUCUCAAGGUGCUUUUAGAGACAGCGUGUCAGGGUGCUGGAUGUGGUUUUGGGGCAGGAGCCUGGAUCUCUGCAGCUUUCACUGCUGCCUUCCCAGGCCCCGAGAUGAGAUGUGGGUGCAGAGAGCUGGUCCUGGGGACCCUGCUUGGCCUCUCGCUGCGUGGCACAGGCAGCUGCUUUAACAGCUCUGCCCAGGUUCCUCCUGCUGCCAGGGCAGCCUGGGGGCUCUCCAGAAGAUACGGGGCUCGGGAAAUGGUCCCUGAGCAAGGGAGGGCUCCCUUUCCACCUCCUGCCAUGGCUGCUCCCUUUGGUUUUUAUCCACAUGGUUUCAUACGGUUUUCUUCCUCUUCUCCCUUUUCCCUCACUACGACUGGCUGAUGUGGAUUUGCUGCUCGUGUACUUCCCUCGUGUGCCCAUACGGGACAUCCAUUGCCCCUCGGGCUGGGGGAGCGACACGGUCCUGUGGGAGCCCGUGGCCGUGCUGGCCUGGCACGUCUCCCGUCUCGAGGGGCCGGUACUGCUAUGCCUCUUGUGCUGUGCUGGCUGGCAACUGGACUUCCCCGCUGUGUGUCAUCGCUCUGGGUUUCCCUUCAUUUUCCCGAUGUUUUUUUUUUCUUGUGAAUGCACUGACUUGUUAAUGAGACCCCUUUGGGUGUUUAUCUGUAAUAAACUGUGUUGGUCCCAA